ACAACUUAUGAAGGUUUAGACRAAGUGUUGGUUUUAGAAGACGACGCGAGAUUUGAACCGUAUUUCCGUUUCAAAUUAAAAAUGGUUUUGAACGAAUUGAGGCGCUUAAAAGUUUCUUGGGAUUUAGUUUACAUUGGCCGAAAAUCGUUAAACGACAACAACGAAAGCUGGUUGGAGAACUCGAAACUGCUAGUGCGGCCUGGCUAUUCGUAUUGGACACUUGGAUAUUUGUUAAGCGGRCGUGGUGCGAAGAAACUGUUAGACGCCAACCCGUUAAAGAAAUUGCUGCCAGUGGACGAAUUUCUCCCAAUUAUGUUUAACCAACAUCCCCAGGUCGAAUGGUUGGAACAGUUCGACGAACGUAACUUAAUCGCGUUGUCUGCGUCUCCUCUGCUCAUCUAUCCCAUCCGUUAUACGUCUGACGAAGGUUACAUUAGCGACACCGAAGACUCCGUGACCGUGCAGGUGACGAACGACGAGYCUGCGUCCGAACGAAAAGAAAUCAAAGAAGAUUUAUGAUCUGCGUGCUAUUAUUUUUUUUUUAAAUUAUUACUAUCAUAAAUAUUGAAUAACCUGUUAUCAAAAUCUGUUACGUGUCAUAUCAUAUUUUUAUAUUCGUUAAGAUUUUUAUUUUUAUACUUUUAACCAUUAAUCGUUAUGAUUUAUAAUAUUACAACAUCGUUAGGUAUAUUAUAAUAUAAUAUGUAUAUUGUAUGUUAUCAUUUGGAAACGAAUUCGGCAAACACAUUAUCAUAUGUAGGUGAAAACCGCAAUAAUAUUCCCAUCGUUCAUUCGCAAUUUAGCACUGACGCGUUCCUGUAGAAAACUUACUUUCACUGAAGUUGUGGCUCCAGCGUAGUUUUAGUAAGAGUGAGAAAGGGAACUAUGCCGAGAUGCUUUAUAAGACCAAAACAAAAAAGAAACGUGUAAACCAAAARUAAACUUAAAGGUACUUUGAACUUUUCGCACGAACCUUUGAAUACAGYCACAGUUGGAGAAGACGGGAGGUGAAAAAGUUUUUUUUUUAAAGAAAGUUAUCAACGUUGUUGAUUCSAUCAUAAUGGCCAAAACAUAUUUUACUCGUUUUAUUUGAUUUAGACACGAUAGCCAUUCCAUUACUUUAUGAAUUAUGAUUGAUUAAAAAUGUAUUUUUAUACUAUGUUAGGUACAUUUAUA